AUGCAGCUCGUCAACAAAAUUUUGCUAAUAUUCAUUGGCUGCUGGCGCUCCUGUUUCGCCUUUGUUCCCCAACAGUCACAGGCUUAUGCCAAUGCAGCGUAUUCAAUCAACAAUAUACAACUGUUACAGCAGGGGCUGGGAAACAACACAGCAUUCAACUACUAUGCACCGUUACUCUACGCAACGCCGCGUCAACUUUUCGGUGGUGGUGGCUUUGGAUUCAGUGUUGGUGGCUGUAAUUGUCCACCUGGUCCGCCGGGUUUGCCUGGUCCGAACGGUCAAGUCGGUCCGGAUGGUGAUCCGGGUGAGAAGGGUCCGCCCGGUGAUCCCGGUGAUGUCGGUCCAGUAGGCAGGCCGGGUGAGCGUGGCAAUGAUGGUCGCAGCGGUGCUCGUGGGCCGACAGGUGAGAGCGGUCGUCGUGGUCCGCGUGGUUUUACGGGUCCUGCUGGCGCAAUGGGUCCGCGUGGCCCACCAGGUGUGCCAGGACCGCGCGGUUUGCCGGGCGUAAAUGCGGUGGCAGCAUCGGCGAGAGCUAAUUAUAAUUUUGACGACUAUAGUAUAUAUGAUGUAACCGAAUACGAUGACAGUUGA